UGAACCUUGGCGAGUAUGUCUGAGAAAGCUAGAGAAUUGAGCCUGAACACGGAAGGGAAAAAACUUCAGUGCGAGAAACAUCAGGAAGAACUGAAGCUGUUUUGUGAAACAGACAAGAAGCUGAUCUGCCUGAUCUGCCGAGAUGCGCGGGAACACAACUCUCACCGUUUCCUGCCGAUUAAAGAAGCCGUUGAAAGCUACAAGGAGCGGAUUAAAACAUCCUUAGAGACUGUCACAAAAAAUAAAUCAGCGGUGGAGCAAAUGGAGCAGCAACAGAAACAGAAGAUUUCUGGAGUUCGGGAACAGUCACAGAACGUGUUGACCCACAUCACAUCUGUAUUUGCUGAACUGCGCCAGAUUCUCAAUGAGAAAGAGCGGCGCUUUCACAAGGAACUCCGGGAAGAAGAGAAGAGCGUUCUAAACCCAAUGGAGAAUAAUCUACAAGAGAUUCAAGAUAAGUUAAACUCUAUUCAAGAGCAACUCCUAAAGCUGCAGGAGCGGAUGAAUCAAACGGACAGUUUGAUAUUUCUGAAGGAGGAAACUCGUCAGAAGAGGAGGGUGAGUGAUGAAGAAAGGACGCUGUCGGUAGCAGACGGUGCCUUGGCAAUUAGAAAGUUCGAUCACCCAUUUUUGUUGAACACGGUGUUCAGCAAAGUGACCGGUGGCAUUAAGAGAGUCUCCGUCACCCUGGAUGUGGAAACAGCCAGACUAGAGAGACAUUGGAAUGCAGCCACACAGCUCCAUGACAAUUGCACCAGGGAUGGGCAGGGUGGUGACGAAGGCGUUUGGCACAUUUGCUGGGUCCGUGAGGGUAUGAAGUACAGGAUUUGA